UUUUUUUUUUAAAAUUUCAACCCCUUUGCGUUUUUUCAUUAUUGUUUCGUUUUUGUUAAAAACUAGCCGAUUUACAACCCUAAAUCGGAGGCAUUUUUAUUUUCGUAGUUUUAGAAAUUUUCGAUUACGUCGAUGCCGCUGAUUGAACACAUCAAGCACUCAUUCAUGGAGUUCCAGAUUGAACCAAUCGAGCACGAAAACAAUUUAAAAACGGAGCUUAAAAAUCACCUCGUACAACAUGCUUCGGCUAAGAAGGAGGUCCGUCCAGUGGAGAGAAGAAGUAUGGGCUUACAAGAGAGGUUUAAAAUUGAGUACAAGUUGGAGAGAAGUAUGAACAAGUGUACAAAACUGGAAGAGACCUUAAACCGGGUGAAGGAGGAAAAAAAGGAGUCGCUCAAUCGUGAGAAAAGGGCUUUAGAGGAGCGCGAUAAGACUUUUGCCGACAAUAUGAAGUUGACAAUUGAAAAUAACAAGUUGGUCCGCGAGUUGAAUGAGAAGGUUGACGAGCUCAAGAGCAAAAGUUUGGAAAUUGAGAGGUUAACAGCAGCUCAUGAGGAGAAACGUAAAUCUUUUGAUCAAAUGACGGUGAAAAUGAACCGAGAAGUGGAGGAUUUGAAGAAAGAAAAAUUAGAUGCUUUGAAGAAGUUGGGGGACUUAAAUGGAGAAAUCACUCUGAAGAAUAAGACGAUUUUCGAGUUGAGUGAGAAGGUUAAUGAGCUGAAGUUCAAAAACUCGGAAAACGAGCGGUUAGCCGGAGCUAAUGAGGAGAAGUGCAAAUCUCUUGAUAAAAUGGUGGUGAAAAUGAGGCAAGAAAUGGAGGAAUUGGGAGUGGAGAAAUCCAGUGCUUUGAAGACUGUCGAACAAUUGAGGGAGGAGAUUUUGGAGGUGAAUAGGACUGUAGAUGAUUUGAAGCUUAAAAACUCGGAGUCUGAUAAGGUGGUCGAGCUGUACAGAAGGCAGCUUGAGAAUCUGUGGCCGAAAAUCGAGGAGAUUAAGGAGGAUCUUGUUGGUAUGGUGACUACGAAAGCAGGAACUGUGGCUGAUUUGGUGAGUGGCGUGGCCAAGCUGGCGAAUCGGGAAGAAAGUGGAAAUUUGGAUUUUCGUGAUUCUAAGGGCAAAACGGGUAGCUCGGGGAAUGGAAAUAGUAGAAGCUGCAGAUCGUUAAAGAGAGGUGGUGAAAGCUUGGUGAAAUGUUCGACUAGAGAGAAUAAUGCAUGUAUAGUAAAAACUUCUUCUGGUUCACUGUUGAGUCCCAUACCCCCUCAACCGGAAAUCAAUGGGUGUAAAAAGCUACUCCAUUCAGGCCCGCAUGCUAGCAACACGCUGUUGUUAACUGGAGGAGGGCAUUUUGGUGAAAUCACUCAGCCGCCUUCGGCUGCCAGAAAGGUUAUCGAAAUAAUCGACCUCGAGGAUGAUGUAACCAAACCAAACGGGUCAUCAAACGAGACAAAUCCUGAGAAGGGCUCGUCAUGCGGCAAGAGGAGAAGAUCGGGUUUCAUGGAAGAAUCAUUUUCGAGUUUGACUAAUAAGUGGAACAAGAACACGAACACGAGCCAUGAGAAGAAAAGCAAUGCUUUCAAAUCGAGUUGCGAGCCAAAAUGUGAUUUUCGAACGCCUAACAAGAAGUUUCGACUAGGUGAUAAUGAGGGUUCGAGUGGUUCGGAGGGGUCGUGCACGGACUCGAAAAUGGAGGCCUUUGUUGAGUCGGUUCAACGUAAAAAAAUAAAAUUAAUAAUUUAAAAAUCUGGUUGAAAAAAAAAAUGAAGCUUGAUGAGUUAUGUGAGCCUAUGAUGUAAAUUUAUCUUUUGGACUAGUUUGACCUUAUCAGAUUCUACCUAUGAUGUAAAUUUAUCUUUUGGACUAGUUUUACCUUAUCAGAUUAU